CUUUUUUUUGUCCAACUUCCCCCUCUCCUCAUCAGAUAACACCACAGGCACCACCAUCCUGUCUGCAGGAGCAAACUGAUUUCACAGAGAGCCUUCUGAAAUAUAUUCACAAUGAUUUUUCAGGCACUUUUUGAUUGUAUGGACUUCACCAGCUGGCUGUUGUUGGGUUUUACUGUGUUACUCCUCACAGAUUUGAUCAGAAACUGGAGGCCACACAGCUUUCCCCCUGGACCCUGGGCCGUGCCUUUUCUAGGAAACAUCUUUACAGGAGUCGACUACAAAACUAUGGAGAAGCUUGCUCAGGCGUACGGUCCAGUGUUCAGUUUGAGGAGAGGCGGCGAGAGGACGGUGUUUAUUUCAGGAUACAAGAUGGUCAAAGAGGCUCUUGUUAACCAGCUGGACAGCUUUGUUGACCGCCCCAUUGUCCCUCUCUUCCAUGUUAUCUUCAAGGGGAUUGGUAUAGCUUUGAGCAAUGGUUACCUGUGGAAGAAACAGAGGAAGUUUGCCAGCACUCACAUGCGUUACUUUGGAGAAGGCCACAGGUCCCUGGAAAAAUACAUUGAAGUGGAAAACAACUUCCUCUGUGAAGCUUUCAAAGAGGAGCAAGGCAAACCAUUCAACCCCCACUACACUGUAACAAAUGCAGUGAGUAACAUCAUCGCCUCUGUGGUCUUCGGACAUCGCUUCGAAUACAGUGAUCAAAGCUUUCGCAAGGUUCUGGAGUUGGAUAAUGACGCAAUUGUGCUUGCUGGCGCCUUUCAGACUCAGCUGUAUGAUGCCUUCCCUGGCUUGUUCAAAUACCUGCCAGGACCUCACCAGACUGUCUUCGCCAACUACACCAAGAUCUUGGCUUUCCUGAAAAAGGAAGUGAAGAAGCACCAGGAGGAGUGGAACCCAGACAACCCUCGUGAUUUUAUUGAUGUGUACCUGGCAGAGAUGGAGAAGAAAAAGGAGGACCCUGAGGCUGGCUUCAACAUCGAGACCCUUCUGAUUUGCACCCUCGACCUGAUUGAGGCUGGUACAGAAAGUAGUGCCAACACUUUACGCUGGGCCCUUGUGUACAUGAUGCACUACCCAGAGAUACAGGAGAAAGUCCAGGCAGAGAUAGACAGAGUGAUCGGACAGUCUCGUCAACCCACCAUGGCUGACAGACCCGACCUGCCUUACACCGACGCUGUCAUCCAUGAGACCCAAAGGAUGGGCAAUAUUGUUCCCCUGGGAUUCCCCAAAAUGGCCAGUAAAGACACCAAACUGGCAGGAUACUUUAUACCCAAAGGCACAGCUAUCAUUACAAUCCUUUCAUCCGUGCUGUUUGAUAAGAACGAGUGGGAGACUCCAGAUAUCUUCAAUCCCGAGCAUUUCUUGGAUUCAGAGGGACAGUUCCGCAGAAGAGACGCCUUCUUACCGUUUUCAGCAGGUAAACGUGUGUGUAUAGGAGAGCACCUGGCCAGAAUGGAGCUGUUCCUAAUGUUUACAUGUCUCCUCCAACACUUCACCUUCUCUCCUGUCCCUGGAGAGAUGCCCAGCAUUGAGGGAGUCAUGGGCUUUACACAUUCCCCCGUGGAGUUCAGGAUGCUAGCUGUGCCUCGCUAAUGUGCUCUCCACCUUUUCUCAUCCCAGCAUUAGCACAAAGCAUCAACGUUCUCCACCUUUAACUCUAAGAUCACAUAUUUGAUUUGCAACUGAAAACUAGUUUGCAUAACAUAUGAGCAUUAUGCACCACAAUAAAUGAAUAUAAAAACAAAGGAGAUCAUUAUGUCCAGGUCAGGGGAUAUUGUGAAGGAUUUAGGAGAAUAUAUUUUAUAUUUUUGAUAUAUAUUUUGUGUAUAAUCAUCUGAAAAUAAGAAUCAUUCUAUUUUCCUUACCUUAGAAUGAGCUUUUUAUAUUUACUACAGAAAGUAGUGUUGUGUUUCUGAAGUAGCCCAGGACAGACAAACCAAACACUGGCUUUAGAUAGGCCAUUUGCGUUUUUGCAUUGGCAAAGUUAGAAGCCCCUCUGAGGCGAGCAGCAUCAGAAAAACGCUGAUUUGUUUUACAUGAAAAUGCUUUAUUCAGCGUUUUUACUGGUUUAAAUCACCAGGUCUGUUUGUUUUGGAGAGGAGGAGACCUCUGCGGAUGAUUCAGCUAUUGGUAAAAACCUCCUGAACAAUGAACACUUAAAGGGAUAGUGCACCCAAAAAUGAAAAUGCAGCCAUUAUCUACUCACCCAUAUGCCGAGGGAGCCUCAGGUGAAGUUCCUCACAUCACUUGCGGAGAUCCAAGGGGAGAGGAGGUAGCAACACAACUCCACCUAAUGGAGGCUGACGGCGCCCCAGAUUCAAACGUCCAAAAACACAUAAUUGAAACCACAAAAUAUCUCCAUACUGCUCGUCCGUAGUGAUCCAAGUGUCCUGAAGCCCCGACAUAAAAAGUUGUUUGGAAAUAUGUCAUUUGAACUCUGUUUUUAACCUCAUUGUAGCCUGUAGCUCUGACUGCCUCUCUGUGCACCACGCACUUGCACGCAAGACCAGUGAAAGCACGUGAACACACAUGAAGGCGGUGCCCAUGUCUCAUGGUCUCGCGCAAGCGCACACACAUGAGCGCGGUGCCCAGAGAGGCAGUCAGAGCUACAGGCUACAGUGAGGCUAAAAACAGAGUUUAAAUGACGUUUUUCCAAACAACUUUUGAUGUCGGGGCUUCAGGACACUUGGAUCACUACGGAUGAGCAGUAUGGAGAUAUUUUCGGCCAAAGACGGCCAAACUUCUCCCAGGAGGAAACUGAUGUUUUGGUCCGGGAGGUCCAAGCUCACAGUGUCCGAAUAUACGGAACUGGGAGCAGACCUCCACGGGCUGAUGAUGCAAAGGUAGCCUGGGAGGAGGUCACCACAAUUGUAAAUCAAUGUUGCGUUUCUCUCGUGCACGCGCGCUCUCUCUUUCUCUCUCACUCUGUUUCUUUUCUUUUGACUUUUCUAAGAUGACAGAUGCUGAAUAUAUACUCCCUAUCUGAUGCUGUGGCUGUUUGUGGUUGGCUGAGAGGGAUGUGAUUAGUUUGCAGCUGUGUUAAUCAAAUCAGGUUGGGUUUCCAUUACGCCUGCCAAACGUGCCAAACGGUGCCAAUCCCCUUUGAUCUGACAUCAGAUGUGACGGGACAGUCGAUAUAGAGAUACAUUUAUGUGCUGAUUACAGAUAGUUGCAUUGAAUAGUGGUUUUUGUGGGUAUUUAUUGCAUCGUUAAUGUGCCUGAUAUUCUGGAAACCUGCCUGCGAGGUUUUGGUAACGUGUGCGCACUGUCCGCCGGUCAGCCAGACUUCAGCUUACACUGGCUGCGCUCCGCCUGCGCUGACAGUAGACCUGGUUUCAGCUGGCGAGCUUUUAGAGCACCUUCGAUGAAGCCUUUUGGCACGAAACUGUCACUGCGCAAUUGUAUUACAUAUUCAUAUAUCCAUUAGAUCAUAUCUGAUGUAUUAGCUCCACAUUAGUAAAGCAUGCCAUUAAAGAUGCAAAAUGUUCCCUCUUUGCUUCUGUAUGCAUCCUCACUGGAAAAAGAUCAAAUUUAUAAAGACAAGCCUCUUUGAUUUUGUCACUAGUGAAUGAAAACUGUAUUCUGCUGCAUGUACACGACCAUGUAUCUUCAUAUAAAGCCAUGCCUUGGUCAUUUUUACAGAUUCUUAACAAUGAAACAAAAGAAGUAUAACCAUUACACAAUAUACCACACAGUGCUCUGAUUUUACCUUUAACUGACGUGACAGUUGUCACUUUAUACCUGUAUUCUGUUAGCUCAAACUACCUCUUCAAAUAGGUAGUGGACAAAAGUUGUAAAUAUGAUUUUCUAAAUCUGUUUAAAUCAAUAAAUGAUUUUGGUUGUA